AGAGCCACCGUACUAACAGGCCGAGUCGCGGACAAGUCCCUCAGACAGGCGAAUCCGCGGGCAGCCCGAGUGCUCGAGGACCCCGGCGGCGGCUCCGGGUGGCGGGAAGGAGGAAGUUUCAAAAGCCAGGUGUCCUGGUUGCGGCCGCUGGGCGAGAUGAAGCUACACUGUGAGAUGGAGGUGGUCAGCCGGCACUUGCCAGCCUUGGGGCUGAGGAACCGGGGGAAGGGCGUCCGAGCAGUGUUGAGCCUCUGUCAGCAGACUUCCAGGAGUCAGCCGCGGGCCCGAGCCUUCCUGCUCAUCUCCACCCUUAAGGACAAGCUGGGGACCCGCUAUGAGCUAAGGGAGAACAUUGAGCAAUUCUUCACCAAAUUUGUAGAUGAGGGGAAAGCCACUGUUCGGUUAAAGGAGCCUCCUGUGGAUAUCUGUCUAAGUAAGGCCAAUUCCAGCAGUUUAAAAGGUUUCCUUUCAGCUGUGAGAUUGGCUCAUAGAGGCUGCAAUGUUGAUACGUCGGUUUCAACGCUCACAGCAGUGAAGACUUCAGAAUUCGAAAACUUUAAAACUAAAAUGGUUAUCACAUCCAAAAAAGACUAUCCUUUAAGCAAGAACUUUCCAUAUUCCCUGGAACAUCUUCAGACUUCUUACUGUGGGCUUGUCCGAGUUGAUAUGCGUAUGCUUUGCUUAAAAAACCUUAGGAAAUUAGACUUGAGUCAUAACCAUAUCAAAAAGCUUCCGGCUACAAUUGGAGACCUCAUACACCUUCAAGAACUUAACCUAAAUGACAAUCACUUGGAGUCAUUUAGUGUAGCCUUGUGUCAGUCUACACUCCAGAAGUCACUUCGGAGUUUGGACCUCAGCAAGAACAAAAUCAAGGCACUCCCUGUGCAGUUUUGCCAGCUCCAGGAACUUACAAAUUUAAAACUUGACGAUAAUGAAUUGAUUCGAUUUCCUUGCAAGAUAGGACAACUGGUAAACCUUCGCUUUUUGUCAGCAGCUCGAAAUAAGCUUCCAUUUUUGCCUAGUGAAUUUAGAAAUUUAUCCCUUGAAUACUUGGAUCUUUUUGGAAAUACUUUUGAACAACUUGAAGUCCUUCCAGUAAUAAAGCUGCAAGUCCCAUUAACUUUAUUGGAAUCUUCUGCACGAAACAUUUUAUAUAAUAGGAUUCCCUAUGGCUCUCAUAUCAUUCCAUUCCAUCUCUGCCAAGAUUUGGACACUGCAAAAACCUGUGUUUGUGGAAGAUUCUGUCUGAACUCUUUUAUUCAAGGAACUACUACCAUGAAUCUGCACUCUGUUGCCCACACUGUGGUCUUAGUAGAUAAUAUGGGUGGUACUGAAGCACCUAUUAUGUCUUAUUUCUGUUCUCUAGGCUGUUAUGUAAAUUCCUCUGAUAUGUUAAAGUAAUGAAUGAUACUACAAAAAAAUUUCAAUUACAGAUGAGUUUGGGAUGCAUGUAUGAUUUUACAGCAUCAAAUUGGAGUAAGGGAAGCUUUCUGUAUACAUGCUGGAGAGGAGGAAUGUGUAUAGUUUAUAAUCAUUUGACUCCAAAACUUUUAUUAAAACCAAUUUAAUUUU